GGACUCCCGCCGGCCGCCCGGCCUGCCCAGCCCCGGAGGGAGAGAGCAGAGGAUCCGGGCACCAGCCGAGGAGCCAGGCACUAGCUCUACCUGCGGCGAGACGCCGCAGCAGCCGCCGCCGGGCUACCCACCCCACACCGCCAGGGGGCCCAACGCAGCCUGCACCCGUGAAACAGACGCACGGCAGCUGCCGCCCCAAAGCCGGCGCCGCUGACGUCAGGCCGACGUCAGAGGGGACGCCGCGGCGGGGCGGGAGUUGGGACGGCGAAGGAGGGCGUUUUCGGAGCACGCGCCGGGCUGGGGCCGCUGACGUCGGGCUCAGGUGUGCGCGCUCGCUCGCCCGCCCGAGCGCGGCCCAGGUGGCGGCCCGCAGCUCCAGGUGGCGGCCGGCAGCGGGCCGCGGCAAGAGGGUGAGAGUCCGCGCUUUCCGAGGGAGCUGCGCCGGCCUCGGCCCCGCGGGGUCCCACCGUACCCGAGAGGAUGGAGAGACUCCCCCGACGCCCCAGCAGGGCCCGCGAUCCCACGCUGGCCGGCCCUCGCUAGCUGCUCGAAAUUUGCGUUUUAUCCACCACCUAGGCCUUGUCUCCUGAGUCAGUGGCGUUGUGGUUCCAAAGAAAUGGAAGAAAAGGAGCGAUGUGACCGACUCCGUUCGGUCCUCCUGCCUUGAGGCCUGGUUGGCAUUUGCAGAAAGGAAAAUACAGCAAGAAAAUCGUGUUUUUUUGGAAGGGGUAGAAGAGGAGGGUGGGAGAAGGAAAACAAGGUCUUAGAUUUUAUAUGAUUUUUUAAAACUUCUGCACUUCGACAGUGGUGGCAAAAUACACUAAAUCCAAAAGUUAUCUUUCUUUUGAGAAGAGGGGGAUUAUUUUUCCUUUUGAUUACAACCUUUUCUCCCCGUGACAAAGCAUAAAUCAUGGACACCAGAAAAUAAGGUAGACCUCAGGAAUCCUGAAAAGACUGAGAAGCUUAUAUUCCUCCUCAGGAGGGAAGAGUGGGGUGUUUUUAGCCCUCUCUGGAACCUAAAACGAAAAACAUGAGUUGCGUGCCAUGGAAAGGAGACAAGGCCAAAUCCGAAUCAUUGGAGCUGCCCCAGGCUGCACCCCUUCAAAUCUACCAUGAGAAACAGCGCAGGGAACUUUGCGCUCUGCACGCCCUCAAUAACGUCUUCCAGGACAGCAAUGCCUUCACCCGGGAAACGCUGCAAGAGAUUUUCCAGAGGUUGUCUCCAAACACCAUGGUGACCCCCCACAAGAAGAGCAUGCUGGGAAAUGGGAACUACGAUGUGAACGUCAUUAUGGCAGCACUUCAAACCAAAGGCUAUGAAGCUGUUUGGUGGGACAAGCGCAGGGAUGUCGGCGCCAUUGCUCUCACUAACGUUAUGGGCUUCAUCAUGAAUCUGCCCUCCAGCCUGUGUUGGGGUCCACUGAAGUUGCCACUCAAAAGGCAGCAUUGGAUCUGUGUUCGAGAGGUGGGAGGUGCCUACUACAACCUCGACUCCAAACUGAAGAUGCCCGAAUGGAUUGGAGGCGAGGGCGAGCUCAGGAAAUUUCUAAAACAUCAUUUGCGAGGAAAGAACUGUGAACUCCUGCUGGUGGUACCAGAAGAGGUGGAGGCCCAUCAGAGUUGGAGGGCUGAUGUGUAACACAGUUCUACCCAGCCUUCCCUCACCUCAACCCCCGAAAUCCUCUGUGAUGUGCUGUGGCCUCUAUAGUGGGUCUGCCCUUGCCAUGUCCCCAAACAUCUCAUCGGGUUUUUCCCCUCAGAUUUGACAGUGCAAUAGGACAGACGUGUGGACUGUUACAGAACCAACCAGCGUUACUUGUUCUGGGAAAGGAAAGUAGGAGCUCUGUGUGCUUAGGGCAAGCUAUGAAAGACUUUUGUUUUAUUUAAGAGAGGAGAAAGAAAGGUGGGUCUUAGCUUAUUUCCCCGUUUCUCUGAGGACUUGCCAGAGGCUCUGCUGGAGUUCACUGCUGCUCUGACUCACCUGGAGAUGCUGCCUCCACUUCCCCUUUCCUGGCAAUCAGUGGGUCUGAAGACACAGUACAGGCAAAGCCCAUGUGACAGGUUUGAAGGACUUAGAGCAAAAAGGCCUCUCAGGAAACCAUCUCCAAAACUGCAGCAGCAGUACAGCAUGCUGUCUCCAACCCUUAAUGCCGCCCUUACCCCGUUUUUAAGAGUGGUUCAUGGCCAUCCUUGGAGUUUUAUAAUGAAAAGUUCUCUAAUAUUCCAUGCCGGGUGGUUGAAUCCUGCGAUGUUCUAGUGUGACAGGGUGAGCUAGAUACCUAAGAGGAUGUGGCCAGCACCAGGCUGGGGCAGGCAUGGGCAGCCUGUCCGCCUCACUCCAGCAUCGUCCCUCCCAACCUCACUGCAUUGCAUCGGUUUAGGAGGCUUUGGGGCACAAGAUAGGCAAAAGGGCAGUUUUCCCAGCUGACCCACUCUGGCAAAAAUCAGGAAAAAAAUAAGACUGCCUUUGACAUCAAAUUCUAGUUUGAGACAGAGUUGGGCAAGGAAAGUAUUGGGAAGAUAAGCCUCCAGAGACUUGGAGCAGCUAGAAUGGGUAGAAGUCCUAGGCUUGGAGUCACUACAGUGACAAGAAGCAGAGCCCUCACGUUGGGUGGAUAUGUGCGUUACGCUUUGUCAUCUCUCUGUAGCUUCCUUUACAGAUCAACUGAGAAUGGACCCGCCCCCUACCUCUUUAAAUAGUUGUAGGCCACUUUUCUCCCCGUAAUUUGGGAAAACAAAAGGAGAAGUAAGGGUCAUACUACACCGCCUGUCACCACAGUGGCUGUGGUUGUCUCAGGGCAGGCGGGCAGGCAAGGAUGGCCUGUCCAGCCCUCACAGGUCAGUGGUUUCGGCAGGUCUGAGGUCUGCCCCACUGGCCAGACCUCUCCAAUAGCAGAGCCAGCCUGGGGCUUGCAUGUCCAGCCUGAGCAAGCUUAACGGGACGAAGCUGAGGCUUUCUCCCCACUGUGACUGGAGUGCAUGUUUACACCAGCACUUUUUCUGCACAUGUAUCUUCAAUCCAACAAGGCCAUUUUUUAUGCUGAGUAACAGAGGCCACCAAGCGGCUACUGCAUUACACCCUCUCAGCAAGUGGCCGCAUUCUCUUCUGCACCAUUUUCUACACCAGACCUGCUUGGCACCACAGGGAGCUCUGCGCCCCUGCACAAUGACAUUCCAACCACCACCAGCCAGAAGUUACAGCCAACCUUGCUGAUUGUCACAAGCAGGACCUUGGGUCCACUGGCACUGUCAGUGACGUAAGCCAUUUCCUGGGAGGAGGAGGAAACUCCUCGCCACCAAUCUGCUUGGGCCUGUGCAAAUGGCACUUCAAAGGAGUCCCCAUGCACUUGGAGUCCAUGAGCCAGUGGGAUAUAUGCAAAGACGCUUAAACAUUUCAGGGCUGGUUUCUCUGUUCAUAUCCAAUUCUGGUGCUUAGGAACAGGGACCUAUGCUGAUGCCCAAGGGCAAAAAGCCCCACUUCCUUUAAGAAAGGGGGCAGGCCUGACCCUGAUGCCCAGUAAGGGGCAACCCUAGGCUUUUUGUUUUUCUUGCUUUUAUUCCUUUUUGUUGGCCUUGUGCUGGGUUUGUUUACAAAAGAUGUAUUUUGUUUAACCAAAUAUUAAAAAUGGAAAACUCCAUACAUAAAUUUCAUCUGUCUGAAUUCUGUAAUUAUGUACAUUAAAAAAAGUGAAGUUUAGUAUGAUGCUGCUUUGGAAGGAAUUCACUACCACCAUAAGUCAUCUUUUAGAGACAUGCUGUGCUUUGGCCAGACCUCUCACUUCAAAAAUCCAGACAAAAUACUCACCAAGUAGGACUUGAUUCAAAAAAAGCCCGAGACACUUUUCGAUUUAAUUUGUAAAAACUAGACUCCACAAUAUGAAGAACCCUAACCCUAAUCUUAAGUACAAGUUUUCUUUACUGACAAGUGACUAUUCUUCCCUGGUUAACAGGUGGAAGAUUAUGUAUUUAUACAGAGGACCUGGGAGGCCCCAGCACCAAGUACAUAGCAGGAUUCUGAGCCAGACUGCCUAGAUUUGAAUUCAGAUCAGGGAUUUUCUAUUCAGCCUGGAACAGAUCACUUAACCUUUCUGGGACUGUUUUCCUCUUCUGUAAAAUGAGAAUACUACCACCUCCUAAAUUGUAUAGUUCCAGCAACCCACAUAAAAGACUUAGUACUGUUACUAGCACAAUGCCAAUAAAAAUGUGUGUGAAAUGGAAAAAUUACAAAGUUCAAAGAUAGGGCUACAGUUGGAUUCACUGUCAAUAGCUCAUCAGCAAUUACAGUUGAUCCUCAAACAGCACAGGUUUGAACUCUGUGGGUCCUUACACGUGAACUUUGUUCAAGAAAUACUACAGUGCCACAUGAACUGUGAUUGGUUGGACAGCAGACACAUCGAGGGCCAAUGAAAAGAGAGAUGCAUAGGCUUUUGACUGCAAGGAGGGUUAGUUCUCCUAACCCCGUGUUGUUCAAGGGUCAACUGUAUUUUCAAAAAGAACAAACCCAAGAUGUUCUAUUUGCAACCUUCCUAUCCCCAGACUAGAUAGCAAUACUAUGUCAUUCCUUACAAGUCCUUUAUAAUUAUUGUGGUUUUUCUUUUUUUUCCCUUUGGCCGAGCUUCACAGCAUGUGGGAUCUUAGUUCCCCAAACAGGGAUCGAACCCGUGUUGCCUGCAGCGGAAGCACAGAGUCCUAACUACUGGACCACCAGGGAAUUCCCCCUUUAUAACUGUAUAAUGUCAUUGUAGACUGUGCAAGUACAUGGACCCAAUCCUUUGCUGGUGGAUCUGAAACUGAUUGCUUGAACUCAGAGAGGUUCUUGGUCAAAGACGAAUUUUUUUUUUACCUUUGGGAAUUUAACUAAUUUGGGCCUAAGGGGUCAGUCAGUAUUAAACGGUGGUGCUGGCUGAGGUGAGAGAAAAUGUGAGGGGCAGUUUUCUUUGCCCUUCUAAAAUGGUCUAAAUAAUUUCAAGGUAUGUAUGACAAGCACUUGGAAGACAUUUUUGGUUGGAAUCAUUUUUUAAUAUUUAAAUAGAAAAAGUGAGCACUGACUUUUUUUUCUCUUUUAGACACACACACGUCUAACAGCCAAAAUAUGCAGAGGAAAUGAGCUCCUGCUCUGUCCUCCACAGUCCCCAUCUUGUGGUUGAAGCUGUUGCCAGCCCUCCCUCCAUCCUUUCUAACAUACACAGAAAUUCACAGCACAGCUGUAAUGCAUUUUAUCUCGUGUGCACGUCCCUCUCCAACAUCCCCAUUCUUAAAAAGCAAACAGUCGUUAAUGGUCGGGCACAUCCUUCCCGAUGGCAUCAGUUCCUACCCCACAAUGGGAUAGUGAGGAGAUCUUCCGUCAGAAGUAAUUGAGUGAAAGGGGUGGGAUGGCCGGAGCUGGAGUAACCGUCUGUACUGCUGCACUCUGGUAUCAGAGUGAGGACAGAAGAAAUAAGUCAGGAGAGCAUGGAGGGCACAGCUGCAAGUGAGGAGUCCCUCCAUGAGACAAUGUGGGGAGAAUUCUCCCCACCAGGUUUAGAUAGAUCAAUGUGCCAAAGUUAAAAAAAAA